GAUAGACUCACUCCGAGCUGCUGUGAAUCGAACAGUUUCCCCCUUCGCAUAAGUCAACAACGGCUGACAUCGUGCCCAACAAGAGGAUUGCAGGCAUGGAAAAAGACCACGUCCAAAUCAUCACGCUGAGCGACGACGAACGUCGUAAAGGCAAGUACUCUCAGUUGACGCUCCAGAAGGCCCUCGAGGCGAUGCACCAGGAGGGACUCGUCGUCCUCAAGGGCGUGAUCGACGUCAAACACAUCAACGCUUUGAACGAGAAGAUGUGCGCGGAAGCCGACAAGAAAAGAGCAGAUCCGGAUCAGAUAUACAAUCAUGCGGUCAAAUCCAACUUCCUCCAACGUCCACCCGUCACAGAUGCCACCUAUCUCUUCGAGGACGUUUACUUCAACCCGUUCCUCCUUCAACUAGCCAAUGCGUACCUCGGCCACACACCUAUAUGGACCUGGCUGACCUCGAACGUCGCGCUCUCCCAUACCUCGGGCAUGCGCCAACCGCCCCAUAAGGACUGCGCCUUCGCCCAUCCGCAGUAUCCGUACUACUUCAUCGCCAACAUCCCCCUGUGCGAGUUCACCAUCGACAACGGCGCGACGGAAUUCUGGCUCGGCUCGCACGCGCAGGCCAGCUACCGUGAGCAGAUCAUCGCGACCGAACCCGCACAGAUUGCAGAGUACGGUCGUCUAGGCGAACCCUUACCCGCGAUCACCGAGGAAGCCAAAGAGGCGCGCAGAGCGGUUCGGCCACCGAUCCAGCCGCCGUGCUCCCCUGGUGAUAUCAUGAUCCGUGACUUGAGACUGUGGCACGCGGGCAUGCCCAACGGGACCGAGACGCAUAGGAUCAUGAUCGGAUUGGGAUAUCAGAGCCCAUUCUACCCGAAUUCCAGGAUGCGGUGCCACCUGCCCGUAUCUCAGCGGGACUUCUUCAAGAGAUCGGCAAAGGAUAUGGUUGAGGUCCGGGCGGAUUUCUAUGAGGAUGACGAGUUCGAGACAUUGACGAAAGACACGCAUUUUGAAUUGAGGCCGGAUUACUUGGAAUGAAUCCCUU